GCUUGUGUUCACAACGGUCUCUAGAUUAGAUCAAACACAUUAACCUAGUACACCAAAACAAAUUAAAGGAGGAAUAAUCAUAGGAAAUAUUUCACCAAAUUCAAUUCUAGCUCAAAUAUGUCAUAGGAAAAAGUGUCAAGAAACAUCGAUAGACCCACAAAAAAUCAAAAAUCAAAUAUGGCGAUGAGAAAUAUUCAGUUUUAAAGUGUUCCUAUUCCAAAACUACCCUUUUGCGUGUUUAGAAAUUUACCUGAAAUAUGAAAAGGUAGAAUUAUCAGGUGAAAAGAAAAGAAAUACUUGGUAUAUCAUACAAUAUUUUCCUAGCUAGUAAUGAUUCAUGGGGAAGCCUCUUGUUUUCCUAACACAUCAGAGGCAGAGGGUGGCAUACAGCAUCCUAGCCAGUUAUACGAUGAUGUAAUGGAGGCUAGCUUUAGUGGUGGAUCAGGUGGUGGAGGGUCGGAGACACAGCUUAGGUCCCUCCUUUGUAGCCUAUCAGUUUUGAAGCACAAAGUUGAAUCAUUGGUAAGCCUGUUCCUCACCCAAGAAAGCCAUCAUCAGCCUGCAGCAACUCUGCUGUCAACGACAACCUCGCCGGUGGCCUUUGCUAGCCUUGGAACUUUAAUCCAAGAAGUCGUUGUAACUGCUUCUUCUAUGAUGUUCAACUGUCAACAAAUGACCCUUUCUUCUAAUAACAGCAACAGAAAUACUGAUAGUGAUCAUAUGCAGCAGCAAAGGCCGGAUGAUGGACUGCGGCAAAUUGGGGUUGAUAAAAACAACAACAAUCAAGGGUUUAUGAAUAAUUGGUAUACUGAUAAUACUACAACCUGCAACAACAAUUACAUCAUUGCGAGGACAGAGAGUAGUUCGAAAUUAUUCAAGGAUGGCAAGACUCAAACAAGAAAUAAAAUGAGCAGAGAUAGGAAGUCGUUGACAGAGGCGUAUGAUCUUGUUGAGCCAGAUGCAGCAGAUCUGCUGGCAAAGUACACACAUUAUUGCCAAGUCUGUGGUAAAGGGUUCAAACGAGAUGCUAACUUGAGGAUGCACAUGAGAGCUCAUGGAGAUGAGUAUAAGUCUACUGCAGCCCUUAGCAACCCUUUAAAGAAAGAAACAGAUGAUCAAAACAGCGCGAUGAAAACACCCAGGAAGUACUCGUGUCCUGAGAUGGGGUGCAGAUGGAACAAGAACCAUGCUAAGUUUCAACCAUUGAAAUCGAUCAUAUGUGUGAAAAACCAUUACAAAAGAAGUCAUUGCCCGAAGAUGUAUGUGUGUAAGAGGUGUAACAGAAAGCAGUUUUCUGUUGUUUCUGAUUUGAGGACGCAUGAGAAGCACUGUGGUGAUCGUAAAUGGCAGUGCUCAUGUGGAACUACUUUCUCUAGGAAGGAUAAACUCAUGGGUCAUGUCACCUUGUUUCUUGGUCAUACCCCUAUUAUUGUUGAUACCAACUUUCAUAACCAUGGAGAAUUACAGAUUCAGUUCCAAGAUAGCUGAUCAUAUUCGACAUGUUAUAUUUCUUCAUUCCUUUUUUUGUAUUUUUAAUUUAAUAGGAGAAUGUACAAGUCUUAUUUGCUUCA